UUUGAACUGUAAUCCAGAAAUGUUGCUUUCGUUCUCAAGGGCAAUUGAUAUUUGAAUGAAUAGUAAUUCUAGUUGCUUCUAUAUCAGUUUCAAGGGAGUGGUAAUGAGUGGGGUACAAGAAAUUAGUGAAUUGAUUGAUUAUAAUUUAUAAAUUAACUGAUCAUCACUGUCGUGAGUCGUGACCAAGUAAAUCGUCUUCAUGUAGAAAUGUUCUUGCUCUUUUUCAAAAUAUGUAUAAACACCGUACUUAGUAUAAGGUCGUCCAUAACCAUAAGAAUCUGGAAGUAAUAAGCCUGCUCUUUCCACCACUAAAGUUGUUGUUUUCAUGUGUUUCUGUUGCAGCAAUGGCUCUCUCUUUGAAGCCUUACACUACGGCACAUAAGAAAAGGUCUUCUACUCAAUUGUUGGAAGAAAGAAGUAAAAAACAAAAAGUGAGGUUAAUGGCAAACUUAAUGGAGAAUGCACACCAUUUGCCUGAAAGCAUGAUCACAGAGAUUCUUUCAUGGCUGCAAGUAAAAGAAUUGUUGCAGUACAAGAGUGUAUGCAAAUCGUGGUAUUCAAUAAUUUCCAGUUCUAAUUUCAUAUCACAACAUCUGAGAAACUACUGCAAUAACAGUAACAAUGUGGAUGGGGGUGGGUGUCUCCUAGUCCAGCGUUAUGUUUCCCAAAAUGAGAUUGUGUUGUUUGAGCUUUUGUUGGAUGGAACUCCUCGAGUUUUAGCUGUGGAAGAGUUGCAUAGGAUGCCUAUGUACCGCUCAUUUAUCAACGGUCCUUGUAAUGGAAUAUAUUAUCUGUACCAAUACUCCUCUGGUCAACGUGCUUUGUGGAAUCCAACCAUCAAUGAGUUGAAGGUCUUGCCUGAAAUAACUUUUGAGCCAUCCAUUGCCACAUUUGCUAACUACGAAGUUUGUGGUUUUGGGCUAAAUCCUGGAACCACUGAUGAGUUCAAGGUUGUUGUUAUUAAAGACCGUUGGCGGACUAGUGAUGACAAUGAUCAUGAUGAUGAAGGAAGCUUUGCCACACAGCUACCCCAAACUGUCAUGGUCUACUCUUCAAGGACAAAUUCUUGGAAAUACUGUGGAGAUCUGGCUAAAUGUUAUUACUUGGAGAUGAAUAAUUGCUACAUUUAUGUGAAUGGGUGUUGUUAUUGGUAUGCAAAGGCCGAAGUCAAAGAAAUGGAUGAAGUGAUCAUAUCGUUUGACAUGGCUAACAAUGCAUUUAAAGAGAUGGAUGUACCAGGCUAUGCACAACCAAGUUCCAGGUGCCUAGGAGUAUAUGAUGAUUCUAUUGCCUUUUACUCUCUCCAUGGUCGGGAGAAGGUUUUUGAGCUUUGGACAUGGGAUGAUGGGUGCUGCUGGACUAAGAAGUUAACUGUAGGACCAGGACCUUUCUCUGAUGUUUCGGGUCCUGUUGGCCAAUGGAAGAACAAUAAAGUUAUACUACGCAGUGAUCGGAAUAGGCUACUUCUAUUUGAUCCAGAGUCCAAAGAAGUAAUUGAUCUUGUUGGGUUUCUGAGAAAUGCUAAUUAUGAAGGAGUUUUCACGUACAUGGAAAGUCUGGUUUCAAUCAAUCAAACGGGAAAACCGUAGUCAUUCAUUCAUUCAUCAUUCUCGACUCCCUUACUGUUGCGUGGGUGUUCUGUAUUCCUUGUACUAGUAGUAACAUAAAUCUGGCAUAUAUGUUUUAGUGAGAGCUUUGUUGAGAGAGUAAGCAACUCUAGAGCUUGUUUAAUAGGUACUACGUAUGUUAUAUGGCAUCAAACAAAUAGGUUAUGGAUUCAUGUUUAUUGCAACAAUCAUACUCCCUUACUCCCCCACCCCCACCCAACUAGUAUUCUGCUGUGAUUGGAAUCUGACAUGCAAUCUUUA